AUGGCCAAGAAAAGAAAGUUUGAUGGGUUAGUGAGAAAUUCAAACAUUCUUAAUUCUUCAUCGGUCGAGGUUAUAGUUGAAGAUGUCGUUUCCCAUCCGUUAUGUUUACACGGCCCGACUUUGUUAUUUGCAUCCGACAAAGGCCGAUUUUUCUCCUGUUCUUUGUGUCGAAAGAAACAGGACUGCACUGUACACAUCGACGAGGAGGAUUGGAAGAAAGAAAGUGUACGUAAACGUAACGAGAAAUAUUACAGUUUAAUCCCUAAACUUGAUAAAGCUGCAGGGUGGAAAAACUUUAAUGAGGUUAAAACAAAGCAUCCAACAAGUAGAGCAUAUUGUAAUACUUGCCAAGAGCUCUACAUUGUGUCUCAGAGUAAGAAGCAUUUACGUGAUCAUAAAGUAGUUACACCACUGACAGAUGAGCAACUUGCAAAUCCAACUUCUUGGCUUCCACCUCUGGAGAAUGAUGAAAAGGAGGCACAAUACUUGUUUUCCAAGAAAUCAGUUAGUACUGUCCUGGGAAUACUGAAAAAUAAUGCUAUUAGAAAUAUACUCUGCGUGGGCACUCCGUCAAUCCAUGAAGCAGCACAGGCACAUCCGGACUUUGACUCCAUACUUCUGGACUAUGACACACGCCAUCAUCUAUUUAAUGCUCCCAACAAAUUUCUCUGGUACAACAUGUUCAAUGACUACUUAUUUAAUGGUAAUGAAGAUGAAAAAGUCUUAAAGAAAUUCUUCAAAAACUCCAGAGAUAAAGGUCUUUGCAUAGUAAUAGACCCUCCCUUUGGUGGAAGGGUGGAACCAUUGGUGCACACCAUAAGGGAACUAUCUGCAGCUUAUAGACGGGUGUGUGAAGGAGAAGGACUCUUGCCAGUAAUCUGGGCCUUUCCUUACUUCUCUGAACCAUAUAUACAAAAUAUAGCACCUGAAAUUAAGAUGCAUGAUUAUCAGGUUGAAUAUCAGAAUCACAAGAAAUUCCAAAAGGGUGGUCGAAAAAUGGGCUCGCCCGUCCGUUUCUUCACCAACCUCCCAUUCUCAACAAUAGACCUAUCAAAUGACAGCAAUUAUAAACACUGCGAUAAAUGUAAAUAUUGGGUGUCACAGAGUAAUGCACACUGCACCAAGUGCAAGCAAUGCACUAGCAAGGAUGGUUCAACAUAUAAACAUUGCAAUGUGUGCAAACGCUGUGUGAAACCAACCUACGAACACUGUAACGCUUGUGGGCGGUGUUGCCAUGUGAAGCAUGUGUGUGGUGUAGUUGUGGAGUCACAGUCCUGUUACAAAUGCAAUGAGAAGGGGCACAAGCAAUCCCAGUGCCCAAUGGUAGAUGGUGGCAGCAACAAGAAAAAACGGAAGAACGCUUAA